CAACGUUUGUAAAACAAAGUAUAUAUUCUAUUGACACAUUUGGCAUUGCACCUAGUUUAGGCCAAGAUUGUAGUGUUAGGACUUGAAAUGGAUCGUGUCAUUCUUUAGACCGUUGUAUGAAUUAAAACAACAACAACAAAUAGACAUUUGAAGACUUCAAGGCAUCCAAACCAUGAAUGUUCAAAAGAUCUGCUGUAUCGGAGCAGGCUAUGUUGGAGGUCCUACAUGCAGUGUCCUCGCCUACAAUGUCCGCACAUCACUGUCACUGUAGUAGACCUGAGUCAGGAGAGGAUAGAUCAGUGGAAUUCCAACAGUCUGCCAAUAUUUGAGCCAGGGCUAGAUGAAAUAGUGAAAAUUGUCCGAAACAAAAACCUGUUCUUCUCAACUGACAUUGAUAAGGGUAUUCUGGAGGCAGAUCUGAUCUUCAUAUCUGUUAAUACGCCUACAAAGAGUUAUGGUCUGGGAAAAGGAAGAGCUGCAGACUUGAAGUACAUAGAAUCUGCAGCAAGGAUGAUUGCAAAUGUUGCAACCAACUCUAAAAUUGUUGUGGAGAAGAGCACAGUGCCAGUUAAGGCCGCAGAAAGCAUCAGUAAUAUUCUUAGGGCCAACCAGAAAGCAGGAGUCAAAUAUCAGGUGCUAUCAAACCCAGAGUUCCUUGCAGAGGGCACUGCAGUGAAAGAUCUACUGCGGCCUGACCGUGUUCUGAUUGGUGGAGAGCAGACUCAGGACGGGAGGGCCGCUAUUCAGACCUUAGUCGAGGUCUACAAGAAUUGGGUUCCCCAAGAGAAUGUUAUCACCAUGAACACAUGGUCUUCUGAACUCUCAAAAUUGGCAGCCAAUGCGUUUCUAGCCCAGCGUAUAUCGAGUAUUAAUGCAAUGUCUGCAGUGUGUGAGGCUACAGGGGCUGAUGUUUCGGAAGUUGCACAUGCCAUUGGGAUGGACUCUCGCAUCGGAAAUAAGUUCCUUAAGGCCAGUGUUGGGUUUGGGGGAAGCUGCUUCCAAAAGGAUGUCCUAAACCUUGUGUAUCUUUGUGAGUGUCUCAACCUGCCUGAGGUUGCUACAUAUUGGCAACAGGUGAUCAACCUCAAUGACUUUCAACGUCGAAGGUUUGCAAACCGGGUCAUAGAGUGCCUGUUCAACACAGUUACAAAUAAGAAGAUUGCAAUAUUUGGUUUUUCCUUUAAAAAGGACACGGGGGAUACAAGAGAGUCUGCAGCCAUCUACAUGACCAAGUACCUAAUGGAGGAAGGUGCCCACAUCAGGAUUUAUGACCCCAAGGUGGAGAUUGAACAGAUCUUCAGUGAAUUGAACAAUCCAGCCAUCUGUGAUAGCCCUGAGCAAGUUCGCCAGCUGGUGACUGUGUGUUGUAAUCCAUAUAUGGCAGCUGAAGGGGCAUCUGCUGUUGUCAUCUGUACUGAAUGGGACGAGUUUGUGAACUAUGACUACAAACAGAUCUAUAAGGGAAUGCUGAAACCUGCAUUCCUCUUUGAUGGACGUCUCAUACUUGACCAUCAGUCUCUGAUAGACAUCGGGUUCCAUGUGGAGACCAUUGGAAAAAGAUUGUCUCGUCCUAAUGUGAUACGCCAAGGUGCAUUGACGAAUUAGGUGUGCUUUCAUCAUGGCCUUUUUUUUACCUCGAUGUCAGUUGUUUCGAAAUAUGGAAGGAUACAUCUAAGUAUCAUAUUUAACUUUGGAUUAUCUACUAACUUGGGAUAUGAUUUUUUAGAUAUUCAACUAGUGUUAAAUUAGCAUGAAAGUAAACUGUUGUCAUUCUAGUAUGUUCAAUGGUUUUACUUAUUUCAAGAAAUGUUGGAUUGUAAGUCAUCACAUAAUGUAGAUAUUCUUUAUUGUAAGUCUUUAUAUUAUGUAGAUAUUCUUCAUUGUUAGUCUUUGCAUUAUAUAGAUAUUCCUUUUUGUUAGUUUUUACAUUAUAUAGAUAUUCUUUAUGUUAGUCUUUAUAUUAUAAAGAUAUUCCUCUUUGUUAGUCUUUACAUUAUAAAGAUGUUCUUCAUUGUUAGUUUUAACAUUAUUUAGAUGUUCUUCUUUAUCCCUAUUUGAAAGGAUUAAUAUUGAAGAAUUUCGCUUCUGAUAUUAUUUUUAUUUAUGAAACGAUUUAAAUUACAUUUGGAUAAAUUGAUAUAUAAUAUUGCAUAUAAUGAAAUCGUUUUGGAUAGAAGUUUGUAACUGAUUUAGUUUUAUUCCAAAUAUCUUUGUUAUAAAAAAUGACAGUUUAUAUGAAAUGGUUUAAAUUAAAAGGGAGGGAUUUAUAGUAAUCCCAAACAUGUU